GCACUGAAGUGAAUGCAAAAUAGAGAGAUGCGCCGCUGAAGGGGAAACGCGUGAAUAAUUUACAAAUGUUAGAUGCUUCUCCAAUUCAUCUUGACAACACGCGUAAACUGCCUCCAUUCACUUAAAUAUCCCCUGCACUUUUUCGAUUUCUGUAAACGUUUGAUUUGCUUGGUCUGUAGUUGUUAACACGGCCCACUCUCUGGGGCUCGCUGGACAUUUAAACCCGAUCACGCCUCUUGUUGGCCAGUGGACAUGGAAAUAGAGCAAGGCAAAACAAAGAUUGGAGGAUUUUUACGAAAGGGAUUCAAUGAGCUAACAGAUCUACAUUUUCAUCUCUUCAAGAAGUCUUCAAUGAGUCACAAAUGGAGCUGUGUGGGUGAGAAGAAGAGGUCACUGGGGCGCGAUUAUCACCCGCUGUGUUUGAAGUGCCACAAGUGUAAAAGACAGUUAACACCCGGUCAGCAUGCAGAGCACGAUGAGAAGCCAUUCUGCACUAACUGCUUCAUGAGAGAUUUUGGGCCAAGAGCAGGUAAUCGAGGACCUGCAGUGAUUCGGACCUACACAGCUUCAUCUUGAAAGAGAUCCUUCAGUCUUGAGAGAAACACACAGCAUUUCCAUCUACAAGAACAACAACAGCAGCACACCCAAACCUUCUUCAUUUUGAGACCCACAACAAACCACUGGAAAGUAUUCCCCAGCUGAUCCCUCCUUACCACAGAACUACACACAACUCCAUCCUCAUAUAGCCAUUCAUCAGAAACUCACAAAAAUAGACGUAAUAACCUACCAAACAUCCAUCCAUGCUGACAUUCUCAUCUGCUUCAUGAGCUGAUUUCAUUAUACAUCUACAGUUAUGCCACUUCAUACAGUCGAAUACAAAAUUAUAAGUGCUCUGUAAUGUAAAUUCUUUUCAGAAUUAUUACCCAAGUGCUGUUUAAUGAAGAGAUUUUUUAAGAACACUUU